AUGGGCUUUUUCGACCACCUUCAGAAAGGAGGGGCCGGGGCCUUCUCACUACAGCCCAAGAAGGCGCAAAUUCGCAAGGUUGUACAGACUCGGCCGGCCGCACCUACAAAAUCAGCGACGCAAACCACGGAGACUCGAUCACCUCGAGUCCAGUCCUCGACGGAACGGAGCCGGAAGGCGCAGCCGCUGAAAUCUCGAUCAGUAUCGAGCGACUUGGAAGCGCGCUCGGCAAAACGACUCAGUACUCCGUCACGCAUUCGAAAACGACCUACUCCGGAACAAAGACUCUCGAGUGACGAUGACGCAAGCGAUAGCGAUGCCUCAUUUGAGGUACAUAAACGUGCGAGAGUGAGCGCCAGUGCCGAGCCAGACCCGGAGCGACGUCUCCGGUCAGUGAAGGCAUUUUCAGAAGAAGGUUCUCGACCGUUCAAAAUGAUGCAUGCCUCGGAUAUCACGUCGGUUCAGAAAGCCGGCAAGUUCAAACCCGCGUUCGGCGCUGAGGGCAAGCCCAAGCAGAUUCUGUUGCAAUACCCCAGUGCUUCUCAACCAGAAAGAUACGACUGUGUCGUACCGCGAGAAAACGACGAAUUCCGGCCCAUCGAUGACAUCGUUCAGGUCAUUGAGACGGUUUGCGACAAUUACAUCCCCACUGAAGAGGCGGACUAUUUCAAUGACGAGACAACCGGAAUCAAACGCCGGCUGCGUCGCGCUUUGGCCAUUACUUCCGAAACCCAAUUUCGAGAGGCUGUCGAUGAUUAUAACAAGGCUAUCCGGCGGCUGAGGACUGACGGCAGUCUUGCUAAGCACUUGGAUAACACACAACGCAUCGGUUUGCCCUGGGUGGAGCGAAUCCUCACUCAAAUUUACUCGCGCACGGUCUCCCCUCGAGUCGACUCUCUCCGGCAAUAUGAGAAUGGCACGGAUAAUGUCUACGGAGAGCUUCUCCCUCGCUUCAUCAGCACAAUUUUCAAUGAAACCAAACUCAAAUCGGGACAGGUAUUUGUCGACCUUGGUUCUGGUGUUGGAAAUGUCGUUCUUCAGGCGGCGCUCGAAAUCGGCUGUGAGAGUUGGGGAUGUGAGAUGAUGUCAAACGCAUGUGAUUUGGCCGAUUUACAGCAAUCCGAGUUCAAAGCACGAUGCCGGCUUUGGGGCAUUGCACCAGGCAAAACUCACCUCGUUCGAGGUGACUUCCUGGAGCAGGAAAGCAUCAUUAGUGUGUUGAAACGGGCAGAUGUGGUGCUCAUCAACAACCAAGCCUUCACUCCCCAGCUCAAUAACGAGCUGAUCAACCACUUUUUGGACAUGAAGGAAGGUUGCAAGAUUGUCUCGCUCAAAUCAUUUGUCCCGGCUGGUCACAAGAUUCAGUCUCGCAACCUGAACUCCCCAAUCAACCUUCUGAAAGUUCAGCAGAAAAAUUAUUGGUCAAAUAAUGUUAGCUGGACUGACGUUGGCGGUACAUACUUCAUUGCCACCAAGGAUAGCUCUCGACUGAAAGCUUUCAUUGAUACUACGCCAUAG